AUGAGCAAACAAACUUAUUUAACCCAGUUAAAUUCCCAGCAGCAAGCAGCUGUCUUGCACGUCCAAGGCCCCUUAGCCGUGAUUGCCGGCGCGGGAUCAGGCAAAACUAGAAUGCUGACUUCUAAAAUUGCUUACUUAAUUGUUGACAUUGGGAUUAGUCCGGAACGCGUUCUAGCGGUUACUUUCACCAAUAAAGCCACUAACGAGAUGCGCGAACGUGUCGUGGAGAUGAUUGGUGCUCAAGCCGAAAAAGCGCAAAUUUCCACUUACCACUCGCUGUGCGCCAAAAUCUUGCGGAGCGAAAUUGGUCACUUUGGUUACCCUACCCAUUUCAACAUCAUCGACGGCGCCGACCAAAAGCAGAUUUUAGACACGAUUUACAAACAGCACGGCGCUAGCGCAAAACAGUUUUCCCACGGUUCAAUGCUAGAUUACAUUUCACGCAACAAAGUUUUAAACAUUAGCCCUAGCCAAAAAAUGGCCGAUGCUCGCAAAGACUACGAAAAACUUGAGGCGGCGGUUUACCGCGACUACCAGGCCGAAUUAGAGCGGUACGAAAUUUUAGAAACGCUUGCUUCAAGAGGAAACAUUACCAUCGUGGGCGAUCCAGACCAAACUAUUUACACUUGACGUUGGGCCGACGUUGAUCUAAUCAACAACUUUCAAAAGUACUUCAAGGGCGCCAAAAUCAUUAAACUAGAACAAAACUACCGUUCAACCCAGUUGAUUCUCAACCACGCUAACAAACUAAUCAAGCACAACCGGAUGAGAAUCGAUAAAAAUCUCUAUACCAAUAACGACCAGGGCGAAGGAAUUGAGUUUUUUUCGGCUUUCUCGGAUGAAGCCGAGGCGCGUUGAAUAGUGCAAAAAAUUUACGAACUCAAGAAAAAUAAAACCCAACUGAAAGACAUUGCCAUUAUUUACCGCGCCAAUUACAUAUCCCAAUCGAUUGAAAGGGCCUUGAUCCGCGGCAACGUGAACUACGUUGUUUUCGGAGGGACGCGUUUCUACCAGCGUAAAGAAAUUAAAGAUGCUAUUUCUUACUUAAAAAUUAUCAGCAACGGCGACGAAGUGUCGGUUCUGAGAAUGAUUAACGUGCCGCCGCGUUCGCUCGGUGGUACCACCGUGGCUAAGUUGGUCGAUUUUGCCAAGAAAGUAGGUCAGCCGCUUUUGAAUGCUUUAACCGAUCAUUUUCAAGAGUUACCGAUUCAAAUUAAACAGCGCAACGAGUUGGCCAAUUUUAUCAACUUAAUUAAUAAGUACCGGGUCGCACUCAAAACCAAUCCAAUCGCCAAAGUCUUGCGCGGUUUCUUAAUUGAGAUCAAAUACCUGGAUCUUUGA